AUGUAUGCCUGUACAGAGCGUAUCUACAUUGACUACGGCUCUUACCCCGACCGGUCACUGAGUUACUUUCAAUACAACGUUCUUGCUUGGUACACUAUAAGACUUGAUACGGGGUUUCCUAUCAGCUCCGGCCGGCUAUACAACUACAUCACUUUCACAUCGACAGGAAUGAUCCAUUUUUCGACCUACUCUCCACGCAGUUAUACACUUUCCAAAUACAUCAACCCGUCUACGUUCAGUUUCUUCGAUCAGCUCUAUGCAGACCCUGCCAUUGCGGUAUUUGGUGCCCCGGUUGACCUCUACAGGGGUAACCCUAAGAUCUACUACCAGUAUGGAAACUCUGCUGCUCUGCUUGCAGCAGUGAAAGAAAGACUGUAUGGAGCUCCGUCACUUCCGGCAGGAUUAGAGUCCUCCCAGUUCAUCAAUGGAAUCAACUUCAUUCUUAAGGUCACGUGGGUUGAUGUGCAGAAUCCAGGAUCAAUCGCAGGACAGGAGACCAAUACCUACCAAGCAAUUCUCUUUACUGACGGCAGAAGAAGCGGUGUCUUGACGAUGUAUGAACAAGGAAGCUUUCAGUGGGAUCCGUACUCUAAGGUUAUACCUGCUAGGAUUGGUUACAACAUCAAACAUGAUAGACUGAAUAUCUACCAGGGAAACAAUCCUGCUAUACGGUACACAAGCUAUCGCCCUGAUCUCAGGAUUGGCAACACCGGUCUCAUGGGGAGAGACAUCUAUCGUCUUGACGCAAAUCCUGACUGGUACGUCAACCCCCGCCGUUACUGUCAAGAUUGGUACCUGGAUGAUCUCUCAAAGAUAUCAUAUGCACGGUGGGCACAGCCAUGUCCUUGCACCCGCUGGCAGGCCAGGAUCGAUCGAAGGUUUACUCGAUGCAACUAUCCCUCCUACGGAUAUGGUUACGGAUACGGGUUUAAUUAUGGCUACAGCUAUGGGCUGCAGAGUUAUAACUACGAUGGAAGAGGAACGAUCUGUUACCAGCCUAGAUGGCCCUCAUUUGGUGGUGGUGGAUACCGUUGUACUUACGAUCAGUCUGCUUUGAGCAGGGGUUAUAGGGCCAGUCACUACCAAGCAGUCAUGCCCUCCAAUCGUCGAUUCUUCUCUUAUUACUAUUAUUCCCUUGAUUACUAUUAUUCUUGGAUUGAGAGGGACGUCCUACCCCGUUUCUUCUGCUGUGGUCUGGCUGGAGGGAAUUUCUGUAACCUUUACGAAAGUCGUCGUCCAAGAUCUCACUGCUCGGGAUAUAGACGACCAUGGUUCGGAUGGUUUUGGGGCGACCCGCACGUCAAUACCCUUGACGGUAGGAAGUACACCUUCAAUGGUCUUGGGGAAUACACCACGAUGUCUUACAGUCAUGGUGACCCGUUCAUACUGCAAUCCAGAACUGGUAAGGCGUUUAACAACAGCAUGCCUGUGGAACAUGGGACAGUCUUCACAGGGUUCGCUGCAACACAAGACAUCACUAAGGUCGAAUUUCAGCUGAAUUAUAACAGGACAGAAAUGAGUAUUCUAAUUAAUGGUACUACCAUCAAUAUGACGGAAUUCCUAGAGGAUGGUAUCGACUCACCGGAUUCAACCUUCAUCCUAUCCGCGGAGAACGACACUGUCUCUGAAGGUGAGAUUAAGGUCACAGCGCUGUUCCAACCAGAAGGCUAUCCCAGUUCGUCCUUCACCGUGACCUUCAAGAACGGCCUCUUAGAUCUGGGUGUCAUGGUCCCUUCUGAGUAUGCGCAGAACGGAACCGGGAGGGGUCUGCUCGGUAAUGUAAAUGGGAACAAAUCAGAUGAUUUUCUGCUCAGAAAUGGAACAUUAUUAAUGGAUCUGCCUGAGAGAAAUUUAACAGACAGAGACAUAUUUCAGUUUGGACAGUCAUGGAUGAUCAGUGAAAACGAAUCGCUGUUUGAAUACGACGAUGGGAAUUGGAGUUACUACAAUCCUAGCGACUACAAACCAAUGUUCUUAGACGAGCUGCUCGCUCUCGACAACGACCGAACCGAGGCGGCAAGAGAGGCUUGCGGGGAGGACGAGGCGUGCCUGUUCGACUACCUCGCCGUGAGUCCUGAGAUGGGUCAACAAACUAUGACCACAGGGAACCAACUCGACAAUGACCUCCUAAACCUUGAUAAUUUUCCUCCGAACGUAACCAACGUGGUAGAGACUAGCGAGACAGAUGCUUUACAAGAAGGGGAGGUUCUCUUCAUGCAAGUGGGCGUGACCGUUACCUUGGAGAUUUCUGCACAUGACCCUAACGAAGAUGAUGAGGUAUUCUUUACUUUCAACGAUACAGCACCAGAUGGCGCCAAUAUCAGCUCAGAUGGUAUCUUGACCUGGACACCACCUGACCUGAAUGUAUCAUCCAUCGAAAUCAUUGUGAUGGACAACCGAGGAGCAGAGACAUCGCUGGCAUACAGGGUCUUGAUCUGCCGAUGUGAGAACGAAGGCGUGUGUGACUUCGACAACCAAGCUGAGGGGCAGGAUCUAAAUGCCAACGGAUUUGCGGUGGUCAUGUGCAACUGUUCUGGUGGUUGGUCGGGUGAUCAUUGUGAUGUAGACUAUGAUUCAUGUGAGGGUAUGCCCUGCUACGAGGGGGUUAUCUGCUUCGAUGAGCCCCCGUCUUCAGACGAAGAGUACACAUGCGGCCCUUGUCCACCCGAGCUCUCAGGCGAUGGUACCACUUGCUUUGAUUUCAAUGAAUGUGCUGAUAACGAUACGAAUGACUGUGAACAGAAUUGUGAAAACAAUCUAGGUUCUUACACGUGUUCGUGUAACACCGGUUAUAUGCUUGCCAUCGAUCAACGUUCCUGUGACGAGAUAAGUGAAUGUGAUGAGGCCCUGAUGGAUUCCACUGCAUCUGUCAACUGCACAUGCGAGCCUGGUUUUCAACUUGAAAAUGGAACGUGUUCAGAUUUUGAUGAAUGUGCAUCUGAUGUGGACCUAUGCCCGCGUGAUAUAUCAAUCUGUUUCAACCUGCCUGGAGACUACAACUGCACCUGUCAUUCAGGAUACGACAAUUCAUCCCCUAAAGAGUGUCAAGAUAUCGAUGAAUGUGAAUCGCGCACGGAUGACUGCGAGUCCAGCCUACAUCGUGUUUGCAGGAACACACCCGGUAACUUCUCGUGCGUGUGCAGUGAGAACACAGCAGAAAUCAAUGGAACCUGCCAAAACGCGCUGUCGUUAUCACUCAACGUUCGUCUUACAUUCAUCACUGGAUUAAGCGUUGAAUCUUAUCCUUCUGUGGUCGAAUCGCAAGAGAACCAGCGUCAGUUGGCCCAAGAUGUUUGGCGUUACCUCAAUACAUCAUCAGAAUUGGGUGACGACAUACUUCAGGCUGUGUCUGUGAAGAACUAUACUGUGACCGGAACUUAUGUUCUGGUGUCCUUCCGGGUCGACGUAAAACAUGGUGCAUCUUUGGAUGAUACCAGCCUAGAGCGGAUUUUCAUGGAAUUGCUUCCUGGGUCACGACUUAUUGCCCCAGAUCAUCAAGUCAUGCAGGAGGAUAUCAACGAAUGUGGUCUAUCUUCAGAUGUUUGCCGUAACGGAAACUGUACAAACACUGAUGGAAGCUACUACUGCACUUGUAAUGAGGGUUUCGAAGGAACAGGAAACGAUUCUUGCUCAGAUAUCAAUGAAUGUCUCGGAGCUCACAAUUGCAAUCAGACAUGCCUCAACUCAGCUGGAAACUUCUCGUGUUCUUGUCGUCCUGGGUUUGAGCUUCAUGAUGAUGGGUUCACAUGCAAUGAUAUCGACGAUUGUUCUACCACACCUUGUAUGAAUGGAGGGACUUGUGUUGAUGGAGUAAACACCUUUACUUGUUCCUGUGUUGAUGGCUAUAACGGGAGUAUGUGUGAAACAGAUAUCGACGAUUGUUCUACCACACCUUGUAUGAAUGGAGGGACUUGUGCUGAUGGAGUAAACACCUUUACUUGUUCCUGUGUUGAUGGCUAUAACGGGAGUAUGUGUGAAACAGAUAUCGACGAUUGUUCUACCACACCUUGUAUGAAUGGAGGGACUUGUGUUGAUGGAGUAAACACCUUUACUUGUUCCUGUGUUGAUGGCUAUAACGGGAGUAUGUGUGAAACAGUUCCAUCAAGUGCCACAACCGUGCAGCCUACAGCAACACCUAGUGAAACUUCACAACUUGUUCCAUCAAGUGCCACAACCAUGCAGCCUACAGCAACAUCUAGUGAAUCCUCACAACUUGUUCCAUCAAGUGCCACAACCAUGCAGCCUACAGCAACAUCUAAUGAAACCUCACAACUUGUUCCAUCAAGUGCCACAACCAUGCAGCCUACAGCAACAUCUAGUGAAUCCUCACAACUUGUUCCAUCAAGUGCCACAACCAUGCAGCCUACAGCAACAUCUAGUGAAACCUCACAACUUGUUCCAUCAAGUGCCACAACCAUGCAGCCUACAGCAACAUCUAGUGAAACCUCACAACUUGUUCCAUCAAGUGCCACAACCAUGCAGCCUACAGCAACACCUAGUGAAACCUCACAACUUGUUCCAUCAAGUGCCACAACCAUGCAGCCUACAGCAACAUCUAGUGAAUCCUCACAACUUGUUCCAUCAAGUGCCACAACCAUGCAGCCUACAGCAACAUCUAGUGAAUCCUCACAACUUGUUCCAUCAAGUGCCACAACCAUGCAGCCUACAGCAACUUCUAGUGAAUCCUCACAACUUGUUCCAUCAAGUGCCACAACCAUGCAGCCUACAGCAACAUCUAGUGAAUCCUCACAACUUGUUCCAUCAAGUGCCACAACCAUGCAGCCUACAGCAACAUCUAGUGAAUCCUCACAACUUGUUCCAUCAAGUGCCACAACCAUGCAGCCUACAGCAACAUCUAGUGAAUCCUCACAACUUGUUCCAUCAAGUGCCACAACCAUGCAGCCUACAGCAACAUCUAGUGAAUCCUCACAACUUGUUCCAUCAAGUGCCACAACCAUGCAGCCUACAGCAACAUCUAGUGAAUCCUCACAACUUGUUCCAUCAAGUGCCACAACCAUGCAGCCUACAGCAACAUCUAGUGAAUCCUCACAACUUGUUCCAUCAAGUGCCACAACCAUGCAGCCUACAGCAACAUCUAGUGAAUCCUCACAACUUGUUCCAUCAAGUGCCACAACCAUGCAGCCUACAGCAACAUCUAGUGAAUCCUCACAACUUGUUCCAUCAAGUGCCACAACCAUGCAGCCUACAGCAACAUCUAGUGAAUCCUCACAACUUGUUCCAUCAAGUGCCACAACCAUGCAGCCUACAGCAACAUCUAGUGAAUCCUCACAACUUGUUCCAUCAAGUGCCACAACCAUGCAGCCUACAGCAACAUCUAGUGAAUCCUCACAACUUGUUCCAUCAAGUGCCACAACCAUGCAGCCUACAGCAACAUCUAGUGAAUCCUCACAACUUGUUCCAUCAAGUGCCACAACCAUGCAGCCUACAGCAACAUCUAGUGAAUCCUCACAACUUGUUCCAUCAAGUGCCACAACCAUGCAGCCUACAGCAACAUCUAGUGAAUCCUCACAACUUGUUCCAUCAAGUGCCACAACCAUGCAGCCUACAGCAACAUCUAGUGAAUCCUCACAACUUGUUCCAUCAAGUGCCACAACCAUGCAGCCUACAGCAACAUCUAGUGAAUCCUCACAACUUGUUCCAUCAAGUGCCACAACCAUGCAGCCUACAGCAACAUCUAGUGAAUCCUCACAACUUGUUCCAUCAAGUGCCACAACCAUGCAGCCUACAGCAACAUCUAGUGAAUCCUCACAACUUGUUCCAUCAAGUGCCACAACCAUGCAGCCUACAGCAACAUCUAGUGAAUCCUCACAACUUGUUCCAUCAAGUGCCACAACCAUGCAGCCUACAGCAACAUCUAGUGAAUCCUCACAACUUGUUCCAUCAAGUGCCACAACCAUGCAGCCUACAGCAACAUCUAGUGAAUCCUCACAACUUGUUCCAUCAAGUGCCACAACCAUGCAGCCUACAGCAACAUCUAGUGAAUCCUCACAACUUGUUCCAUCAAGUGCCACAACCAUGCAGCCUACAGCAACACCUAGUGAAACCUCACAACUUGUUCCAUCAAGUGCCACAACCAUGCAGCCUACAGCAACAUCUAGUGAAACCUCACAACUUGUUCCAUCAAGUGCCACAACCAUGCAGCCUACAGCAAAACCUAGUGCAACCUCACAAUUAGAUGAGUGUGCGACAAAUACAAGUCUCUGUAAUAAUGGAAGAUGUGUCAACUUGGAUGGAUCAUACACUUGUGUCUGCAACGAUGGGUUCACAUUAGUCAAUGCAAAUUCUUGCAAUGCUCUCUCAAGCAGUCUGUUCACUAGUCGAGUGACUGUGCAGAUUACAGGACAAAGUCUGAAUGGUCAAGCCCUAACGUAUACACCAGAAUUAACCAAUAGGUCAUCGGCCAAAUUCAUGGAAUAUGAAGUUGCAUUCUGUUACAUUUUCAGCCAAUAUGUAAGGGUACAGUUAGGUUCUCAACUUGUCGGUGAUAAUUGCAUAGUGCUGUCAUUCCGCCAAGGUAGUGUAGUCGGUGACCUGCAAAUGGAACUUGCGGCUGACAGCCAAAGUGUAGCAGAUGGGCUUGCUGUGACUUUAUCUGCCUUAUCUACCAACAUUGAUCAAAACUUAUCAGCUAAUGGUCAAACUCUGGUAGUAUCUAUAUCGGCAAAUGUUCAGUGCGAUCAAACAAACUGCCAGAACGGUGGGACAUGUACUUCUUCUGGACAGCCUUGCAAUUGCCCAACUGGUUUUACAGGAGAUCUUUGCCAGAAUGCUUCUCAAGGAUUGUCGAAUGGAGCCAUCAUUGGUAUUGCUCUCGGAGUAUUUGGUUCUGUUCUCGUCCUCGUAACCUGUGUCUGCUGCGUUUUCAUGCAAGGUGUCAGACGAAAUCAAGCAACAAAAAUGAUGCUCGCUGAAGAACGGUAUGUCGAUUCGAGCAGACAAAAUAGAAGCUUCUACGGAAACGAAUCUUUCAAUGGUUCUGAGGAGUACGAUUCCCUUGAAGGACGCCGGUAUGCAGUUGGUCAAGCAUUGGAUCGACUACGCAGAACUGAUGCGCCGCAUCAUGAAGAUCGCAAUUUCAGGACUCCCUAUGUGGUAGAUGGGAGUGAAACGUACAACGGUGUGGAGCGAAAUCCAAUGCAUGAUUGAUCACCAAGAAACUUACCUUCGGACAAAGAACGAAUAUGACAACGGAAAAGAAUUUAGUGAAUUAGUUACGUCUUAUGGAUAGAUGGGUUCUCUUCUGGAUAGGCUAAAUAUCAAAGUGUAUACAAUCAUAUUAUUAGAUUAAGUAAGGGCUUACUUGCAUUUUACAGAUUGACUGAUUUAAUUGAUGUAAUCAUUCCAAGUCUCUGUUUAAACAACCAUACUAUUUUAUCAAUUAACGGCUUACUUGCAUUUGACCGAUUGGCUAAUUGAAUCGAUGUAAUCAUGUUAAACUCACAUCAUUUUAAAAAGACUGUUUUUCAGCAAGUCUGUGUUACAAACAUAAAACUGAUGUUAUAUAGAUCAAAUCGGAUAUAUGUACAUGAAUUAAUUUAAUGUAAUUUACUGUAUCUGUGAAUAUAUAAGGGCUUCAUUGUUAAUCUAGAAAUGGUUUGAUAUCAUAUCUUUAUUGAUCAAGUAAUUUAUAUUCACGUUACAACAUAUUAUAAAUGUGGUAAAACAUGAUUUCACCCAAACUGUUAUCUAAAGAGCCGAUUCCUAUCACAUGCUUUUAACGUGUACCAAUUUUAAGUAUUUAAAUAGUACAAAUUUUCUAUAGUUUUAUUUCAAUUGCUUAUGGUAGCGGGAGUAUAAUACAUUCUUUAGCAUUCUGAUUUUGUAUGAAUAGAUUAAAUGCAUAUGAUGUAGAAAAGAGAGCUAUCAAGUAAACAGAAUAGUAUGAUCAUAUGGGAUCAAUCCAUGGCGCUAAAACAGUACGAACAGUAAUUUUGGAUCUUUCCUUUAUGAAUAUAAAUAACAAUAUUUACCUGUGACAUUUUUGCCAGGCAACAAAGUAACCCCCUUGAUAGGCUAAAUAUCAAAGUGUAUACAAUCAUACUAUUAUAUUAAUUAAGGGCUUACGGUAUUUGCAUUUAACCGAUUGACUGAAUAAAUUGAUGUAAUCAUGCUUAGUCUCUGUUACAAACGAUCAUACUAUUAUACUAAUUAAGGUUUACUCAAAUCAGUCUAAAAAUACUGCUUGUCAGCAAGUCUUUGUUGAAAACAUAAAACUAAUGAUAUAGAAAUAUUUGAAGGUAAAUAUAAAAAUGAAUUGAAUACGAUUUUCUGUAUCUGUGAUUGUAUAAGGGCUGCAUUGUUAAUCAGGACGGGUUUGAUAUCAUAUAUGUAUUGAUCAAGUAAUUUAUGUUUAUCUCACAAAAUAUCAUGAAUGUGGUAACAUAUGCUUUUUCCUUAACUGUUAUUUAAAUAGCUGAUUCCUAUCUCUUGCUUUUAAUGCGGAUCAAUUUUAAGACUUUAAAUAGUACAGUUUUUCUAUAUUUUUAGUUCAAAUGCUUAUGUUAGCGGGGAGUAUACCAUCCCCCUCUUUUUCUCUCUUUAUAUAUAUAUAUAUAUAUAUAUAUUAAAUAAAUACUCUUUUUAAUUGAUAUGGUUUUGUAUGAAUAGAUUUAAUUGCAAAUUAUGUAGAAAAGGGCUAUCAAGUACCCAGAAUAAUGUGAUCAUAUAGGGUAAAUACAUAGCACUAAAACAAUACGAACAGUAACUUUAAAUAUUUCCUUCAUGAAUAAAAAAAACAAUAUUGUUUACCUCUUGCACUUGUACUUGUAAUAUUUUUGUCACGUACCAAAUUAAUCCACAUCCCCCCCCCCCCCCCCCCCCCCACUACCAGGAAUAGUUUUGAUCCCACUUGCUUGACUUGCAAUUCAAGGAUUGUGUAUUAAACAAGGACUUGUUUGUUUAGUUAAUUAAUUAAAAGGUUAUGCUGAUUAUAUGAAGAUUAAGGGAAGUGUAACCAAAACUUUCACGUAGGUCCUUUCUCUUGGUUAGGAACAUGUCGCUUCAAUAAUGAUGUGGAAAUGAAUUGGGUUGGGAAAAAAAGACAUGAAUGUACGUACGAUGUAUUGAAACAAAGCAGACCUGCAAUGGAUGCGUCAUGAAGAACAAUGACAAGUAAAUUUAUUAUGCACACAUACUUUCUUUUGUCUCAUUGCCAUGGGAAAAUAUGAAUUAUUAUUUUCUAAACAUGUAAUAUAUAUUUUGUUUAAUGUCUAUAUUCAUGUUCCUGCAAAGCAAUUCAUCAUACAGUACUAGAGUUAUACCCCUUAUAAGUCUUUCAUGUUUCAAGGAUGUAUGUUUUUUUUAUAUAUUUUUGUUCGUAUGAUAUAUUUUUGUAUUGAUAUGUAUUUUUCAUUAGAGAUCACUAGUAAUUGUAAUAAAAGUUCCAAUAGGGAAGACUGCUGAAUA